AGUUCAUAUGGAGACACGAAAUUCAUACGCAUUCACGACAGGCCGUCCGUGAGGAAAGACAGCCAUUCACUUUGCUCCCACGAUUCGCCAUUGAUUCAACAAUUGUGCAGUGACUUCAAAGUGACACUGUAUGUAAAAAAAAACGUUGUAUAUAGUCGCGAAUAAUCUCUGAAGACACCUAUUUCUUUCGAACCAGAGAAUCAUCCGCUUCUCCUUCUCAGCGCGGUGCACCAUGACGGACAUCUAUACGAUCGACGAGGUCGCCGGACACAACAACGCCCAGGAUCUGUGGAUCGCGAUACACGGCGCGGUCUACGAUAUCACGGACUUUCACAAGGAGCAUCCCGGCGGCGAGGAGGUGCUGCUGCAAUUAGCGGGGCAGGACGCGACGGAAUGCUUCGACAGCAUCGGCCACAGUUUUGAGGCGAUCAACCUGCGCGAGAGUUACAAAGUCGGCGAGCUGGUGGACGGUGGUGCGAGCUCCGGCAAAUCAACGACGACAAAGAAGGAUACUGCAGAGGUAAAAGAAUCAACGGAGGACGACUGGCAGUAUCAAGAAUCGAAAUCACAAGCGUCGUCCUGGUCCUGGUUGCUCAUAAGCCUCGCCGUCGCGAUUUAUGUCUUCAUAAUUGCCUACUGGUUCAAAAAAUUAGUGGCAUAAGACGAUUCACAUGCGUGUGAUAUAUUAAUUUUAGCAUAACGCUAAAAUUUGCAAGCCUGUUAAGUCUGUUUCUCUUGCUUGUUAAAUCUCUUAGAAUAAUUUAUUAUUUAUCAGCGAUUGUAAAACUUCGUCUCUGUUCUCGCACAAAUACUUUAUCGGAUAUACAUUUAUUUGAAAACUCGUUAUUUAUUAUUUAGAGAAAUAAGAAUAUAAAUUAAACGGAUAUUUCUUAGCUUAAUCUCUUUUGGCUUGAUUUUAACGAUUUCUUCGAUAAAAUGAACGAGCUCUGUUGCUUAUUAUAACCUUCUUAUUUUGCACUUAGCGUGUCCGUAUAAUUUUGUGCGUUGUAAUGUUUGUGAUGAAGCAAACAAUCGAAAGAAAUAAUUCAGAGGCAUAUAAUUUAUCGUUAUAGUGAGUCUUCUCGUCUUAAUAUUUACGUAAUUUUGGUAUGCGUUUUAUGUACACGGAAAGAACGAUUUUGUUGAAAGAUCUAAAAAUUUUGCUA